AUUGCAUCAGCGUCUAUCAUGGUUGCAGGGACUUUUGCUGAAAUAAUGGCUUUUCAGGGUCAUAAAAGCCAGCUCCUUGUUGUUCAGAACUAUCAUUUGUUUACUGACAACGGUUGAGAACAAGACUCGCAACGAUGGUGUGGAAAACUGGAAAAUUCGGCGUUCACAGUGGAAAAACAGUGCGCUCAAGAAGGUCCCAUCCAAAAAGAUCUGAAGGCCUUCUUAUCCAAACUACAGUGGAGAACGCUUGCCGCAAAGAAGAGCAGGAUGAAGGAGAAAGCAUCACUUACUCGCUUGGUAAGCAAAAUCGUUGGCUUCUUCCUGAAAUUAUUAAGACAACUUCGUUUGAUCUGGAAGAGAGAGAAUUCCUCGGCCACGGAGACGAAGUCGUUUUAGUUGAGCGGUUCUCGAACGCGGGAAACGAAAAACGUCGCCGACCAGACUGUUUUUCUGUAUUCGACUCAAGUAACAGCAGUACUCGCAAAUCCAAACGUAGGUUGGCUCGUGCAGAAGACCUUCUCAGUGAUAUCAAAUCAAUGAAAACAAAAUACGAAGUAUCUUACCCGCAUCCCGCGGGAUCAUGGCCACAUGAGAGAGAAUCAAGUACCAGGAAACAUAGAACUCGUCUUGGAGGCAGGAAGAAAGAUACUUUUCUCAACAGGACCAUUGAAGAAGACUUAAGUGAACUCAGUAACACAGAGACACUUUUCCACGUUGAUAUGGAUGACUUGCGAGAUGAUGACCAACCACAUUACAGCAAAAUGGGUGUUCCUCUCACAUUUGACUUAAAAUCACUUAUCUGUAAUUCUCCAAAGAAAAGCAAAAACUCACUGAAGGUGGAAAAUGGCUCUAUGCAAGUUAAGAGCGAUGAAGAAUGUAAAAGGACAAAAUUUGGCAAAGGAGAGGCCAUAUAUAGAGAGAGUGGAGAUGGAAUGCAUGACGCCCACCAAAGUUUUUUGGCCAUGGCAGAGGAAACGCAGCCAACUCAUAUGGAUGACUGGCAUUAUCACUAUCAGCCAGUACCAGAGCGACGGAGAAUUAGAAGGCAUGAAAGGGGACGUGGCAGAGGUAGAGGCAGAGGCCAAGGCCGAGGCCGAGGAGGUUACAAUGGAUAUCAAGAUGGUAGAAUAGUUGAUGAUGAGACAUUUUCAUCCUUACGCUGGUCUACAGACUCUGCAGACCCUUUUGUGACCCCAGUUGAGCCAGUCCAACCUGUUAAACCUGUUAAAAUUUCUUCUCAGUGGGUGUCUCUUGUUCUUCAACACCAAGACAUCAAUCCUGAAUUUUUGCAGGAGACAUGGGGAAGUAUGUACAAGGAAGCUGGUUGUUUCCCAAGGGCAUUUUUUGUCAAUGUGACACCUCAGAUCCUCAGUUCUAGUACCAAAGAACUUUUUGUCUUGUUACGACUGGCCAAGGGUGUCUCAGAAAAUGUUGCAGCAGGAGUGGGAGCCAACAUAUACCUUGUAGGUAUUUCUAAUGAUGAAUAUACCAGUGGACUAGUUCAGAAAGAGUUCAUUUCUCACAUCAAAGCAAAGACUAGCAAGACAGAGAUCUGGUCUCUUAAGGACAUAGUGAAUGUUGCUAAAACUUGUUUCCUGAAAAGCAUUACUGAUGAAACUGAACCUAAGGAACCUACUUUUAGGAAAUCCAGUUUUUCUCUUGGAGUAUUCACAGAACUGUUUGGAUGGAAAUCAGAAGCUUUGUCAUUGGAGGCUGCACAGAAAGAGAUAAAAAAGUCUUGCAUUGAAAAGACUAAUAAGUUGGACAAACUGGUCACUAUGGCAACAGCUGACUCUCAGCAUCAGACAGAGUGUGGAAUAUGCUUCAUGCCUUUUGAAUGUGAAGGUAAUUAUUUGGCUUUUCCCUGUAAGUUAUUUCUGUUUGAACCCUCUAAGUUCUAAUACAGUGGAACCACUAUAUAACAAAGUCCUUGGUAUAACGGAUGAGUUUCUUCACCCCAGUAAUGAUAAAAUAUAUGGAAAAGUACCUCGAUGUAAUGAAACCUCCCUUAAUGUAGUUAACAUAUUUUGCCAAUCCCUUGGCCUUUUGUUUUAUCGAGGUUCCUCUGUAUCACCUUUACACUGUUUUCCGCUAAAGUAAUAAUAACUGUAAUAGUUCAAUUUUCUGACAGUAACAAGGAGGACAUGAUUAAAAUCAAGACAAUUUAUCAUCGAGGAAAGUUUUUCAGGAAACAGUUUAUCUUAUCAUUUUCUCAAUGAAAACCUUGUCAAUGUGGCCAUAUUAAAGGUCAAAUGAACCAAAAAAUUGACAUAUUUUCUUUUGUUGCUUUACCUUCACCAAACACUAAAAAGAACCAUGCUAAGUGAGAUUUGGGUAAAGAUUUUUCUUCCCAAGCCUUUAUAGAAAGAUAAAAGAUCAAAAUCCGAGCAUUUCCGAAGACUUCACGAAAACGUUUCUGAAAUGGCCGCGUGAUAGCUAGACUGGAGACUACGUGACGUCAAUGUUGGUCUUUCACGGCGGGAAAACGUUCUGCGCAAGCUUCUGCGCAUCCUUUAUCGCCUGCGUUUGUUUGUCUCGAGGCACGAGGUGCGAACGUUUGUUCCUUGUAAAGGCUUUUUGUUGUUGUUGUUUUUUCGUCACUUGAAAAUUACUUUGGAUUCAGCACAACCAAUGUUAGAGUAAAAACAGAUCAUUCCGUCAGUCUGAGGUGGAAUAAAACGUUUUGAACAUUUCCAAACAGGUUUGUAUUUUUCUGAUAAUCGUGCAUUCGAUUUGUGAGUUGAUUUUGUCUCUAGUGCUUCGCCUUCUUUCGUCGGGUUGAAUUAAAACCUUCUUGUAUUCUGUUAUUAGUAGUUAUGGUUACUUGUUUUUCAUGCCCAGAUUUAUUUACGUUUGCAGAACCAGCUUUAUCCUUGUCUUCAGUCAAAGACCCGUAAUGGCUAACGCAUGCGAGUGACUCCAAAACAAUCGACUCUUUGCCCGUAAACAAUUCCUGCAGCUGGAUUUGACCGGUGAAGCGAGCAAAACAAAUCCUUAUGUGCAGUUUUCUGUAUUUUCUAAUGAUUCAGUUUGCUGAGUUUAAUUAGCUUGAAUGAAGACGUGAACAUGGACAUGACAACACAAAGCAAAAUUAAUCUUGGCGAAAUGAUCAAGUUUAAAAAACUAUGGUUGCUUUGAAUGCGAUCUUGGGGAAGAUUUACUAGCUAAAGAUUAACUCUUUUUCUGCCCACGCCAAAACUUAUACAUUGAGGAUUUUGUUUAUAUUUUAGUGAUCUGCGAAGCUAGAAGUGUACGAUCGAGUAUGGGUUUUAAAAUAUCAGCUCAAGUGCGACAAAGUUCAGUGACUUCAAACACAUUGUGGGCAAACUUGAAUUUCUUAGGGCAGAUUAUUAUACAAAGAUAUUUUGUUUUGUGUCCAUGAUGGAGCUCCAGACCUUAUAUAUCCAGGAACUUCCUUAUAUGAACACAUUUUGCGAAUGCAUCUUGAAAAAAAUCGGACUUACGCACGCACAUUUCCAGUACAACUCAAGGAAAUUAGUAAAUGUCGUUAAAGUCUGUUUUACUAUGAGUAUUCUUCGAGAAAAUUAGAUAAUAAGAAGGUCAUAACCACAGCUUGUAACUUUGGAAGACAAAUUGCCUGUUCUUUCCAGGUUUAUGGCCACACAAACCACUUCUGCACCAAGUCGACUUGAAAAACUCUGUUUUGAAUUUCCCGCUUUUUUUCACCUGACCAACAUUGACUUCACAAGCUGUUUUUUCCGACAAUUUUUCCGACCGCUCUACGAAGAUAAGGGCCAAAAAAAUAGCAAUUUUUAAUUGCGAAUAUCUCAGAGAUACUUGCUUCAAUUGAGCUGAAACUUCAUAGUAUGUUUAUUUGGUUCGUAUUAAACACAUUUCACUAGAAGUAAACGAAAAUAAAAAAUGUCGAAAUUUUGGUUCAUUUGAUCUUUAAGUACAAUCAAAGACUAACAACCACCCAUUUCCUCUUAACACGUCCAUACUUGUUAUAAGAAUAAAAUUGAUAUCGAAUGGAAAUCAGUAAUUGAUCUUUUAUCAAAUCCUCCUAUCUAAUUCUUUAAGGAAAUGUAUCUUGUUCUGUCUGGAGAAUUUAUGACUUUUGUGGUUACUAGGACUGAAAGUUUAACAAGCUUUUUGUGGGCCUGUCAAUAAUUACAAAUGAUGAACAUGUUCCCUUAUAAAAGUAAUCACACAAGGGGAUUCAGCAACAGAUUCAAGACAGAAUUUUUUAAAAAUAAUAAUAAUAAUGAGGAGGAUGAUAAUUAAUAAUAAUGUAAAUGAAUCAUCUGUCAAAUUUUUAGUAAAAAGUUUCACAUGCGGUAAGAUCAACUCAACUCAACCCAAACACAUAACAGUAACAGACACAAUAAUUAGCCUUUAAAAUAAUUAGGCUUUAAAAUUAGUACUAGCUGUCAAUCACGUCAUGCCCAAGUGAAAUAUGAACGAGAAGCGGAGGCACAAAUAAUGAUGAUGAUGAUGACAAUGAUGAUAAUAAUAAUAUUUAAUAAUAUAUAUGAGUGUUAUGAGUGUUUCAUCUUGGUGCUUAUCAGAAAAAACCAGUGAUGAUUGAACUGGCCUGGUCACAUAUAUACAUGCACAGCCUUAUUGUGUCAAAAGGUGGAUGAAUGCAGAGCUUCUAGUGUAAAACUGAAUCUUAAAGUGUGGUUCUGAUUCUUCUUUUCUUGUGAUUUCAGAUCCUAUUGAUACUCUCUCCUAUACCUUUCUGAUCAGUUGUGGGCACAAGUUCUGUGAUGACUGCUGGAGAGGGCACGUAAAGACUCAGUUACAGCAAGGCCACACGAAUAUAAGUUGCCCUGGAUACAAGUGUACUGUUGCAGUCGAUGAUGUCACCUUGAUGUCCCUCUUGCCAACAUGGUAUGGCAAGUUUGUGACUAAAAAGUUGGAUAAGAUCCUGGAAAUUCACCCUGAAUGGAAGUGGUGCCCUGAAGACCGGUGCACUUUGGUUGUCAAGGCAACAACACCUCUGAGUACGACAGACUUGUGUGAUGAGCAUGUAGGCUCUCCCCAGCCAGUCCCAGUGGUGUGUGUCUGCGGCAGCAUGUGGUGCUUCAAGUGCCAGGAAGAUGCCCACUGGCCAGCGACCUGUGAAGAAGCCAAAACAUUUAGAGAGAACACCAAAGGAUAUGCCAAAAUGGUCGCAAGAAAUCAAACUUCACCACUGAUUACAAGCGUGCAGAUCAAAAACUGCCCAUUUUGUCAUUAUCCAAUACAAAAAGGUCCUGGUUGUAAUCAUAUGAUGUGUGGUCUGUGCAGUAAGGAGUUCUGUUGGUUUUGCCUUGAAAAGUGGUCAUGGGAUCAUAUCUGCAAAGAAAAGGUGGGGCACAAUGAAGUGGAGUUGUCAGUCGAUACAAAGCAUUUGAGGUCUUAUGAACACUUAGCAGUAACAAGUCGUAUGGCUAGGUCAACCAGUGUGAUACGAAGAAUCAACGAGAAACUGGGAAAACUUGACAGAGGACUUAAUAGUUACAGAAAGCUACCAGCUGAGGUCAGACGAGACACAGGAAAGAGUGGACGGCCCAAAAAAGAGCUAAAUCAUAUGCUCGAGAACAACUCGUUGGAUGUCUUGCGAGAGGUGUUCAGUUUUAAAUUCCAGGCUGUUCUUGCCGUAGAGGGCCUAGCAAUGGUUCUGAGCAUCUCAAGAGAUGCUCCAAAUAAAAGGCUGGCAUUGGAAUUUGAAAGGCUGGUCUUUAUUGUCGAGCGGCUGGAUGACAUGUUGAAAGACUUCAACAAAUGCCAUCAUAGAGGGAGACUGGAAAGGCUCAAACUUUUCUUAAAAUUCGGUAAACAGUCCCUCAUAGUCAUCGGUAAGAACAAAAUUACAGGCUAACUGAAGACUGAGUGCAGAUGAGUGAUCUCAGAAAGCAAAGUGUCUGAGUAUUUCUUGAAACAACAGUCGUGAAAGCCGUAAACGUUUUGUCAGUUGCCUUGAUUACAUUUUUGAUAAAGCGAUUAUCUAAUAUGUAAUUUGAGCAAACCUAUUGAAGCUAACAAAUCCCUACAUAUCCAUAGAACGCUGCGCAAAGAGGGUUACAAUCAGUCAGAAAUAGAUCUUCUCUUUAGUACAAUAGUUCUACCUAAUAUUAAUUACGCAUUAUCUGUCCACGCCGCGUCCGAGUCCGAUCUAAUACCUGUACAAUGUU